GUGAGGCUCUUGUUUAUUUCCGUCAGUCUGGUGGAGCUCCGGCAGCUGGAGGAGAACACAGUGAGCCGACAGAAGAAGCCGUAAAUAUGCGUUCACUCUUCGGGCUUCUCGCAGUUGUGACUGUGGCGAGUCUCUACCUGUAUUCUCUGUCUCUGCACCUGCCCGCUGGGCCACGCAGGAGAGCUGUCCCUUCUGCUCAUGCCCAUGGUGAGCAUCUGGACACGGCUGACGAGUCUGCCCACAACACUGAGGAACCCAGUAGGUUGAAGUUUCCUUCAGACCUGGAGGAGCUGAGAGAACUGGCUGAGCUCCUGCAGUUCUAUAAGACAGAGCACACUGGAUACGUCCUGCUGUUGUUCAGCAGUGCUUAUCUGUACAAGCAGUCUUUUGCUAUUCCUGGAUCGUCGUUUCUGAACAUUCUUGCUGGAGCUAUAUUUGGACUGCAUGAAGGACUGCUGCUGACCUGUGUGCUCACCACUGUGGGCUCCACCAUGUGCUACCUGCUGUCACAGGCCUUUGGGAAACAGUAUAUUGUUAAUUUCUUCCCUGAUAAAGUCGCCAUGCUUCAGGGGAAGGUGGAGGAGAACAAAGACUGUCUCUUCUUCUUUCUGCUCUUCUUGCGAUUCUUUCCCAUGACGCCCAACUGGUUUCUGAACAUGUCUGCACCUAUAGUGAACAUUCCCAUCACAUUCUUCUUCUUUUCAGUCUUCAUUGGUCUCCUUCCCUACAACUUCAUCUGUGUGCAGACAGGUGUCAUGCUCUCUGAACUGUCAUCCCUGGAUGACCUGUUCUCCUGGCAGCGGCUGUUACAGCUGCUGGCCAUCGCCUGCAUGGCUCUGCUGCCGGGUGCACUCAUCCGACACUUCAGUCAGAGGCAUCUGAAGCUGAACGUGAAGCCGGCACAGAACGGCGUCAUCACAGAUAAGAAGCUCCAGUGACUCGUUCGUGGUUUUGUGUUUUGAAGAACUGCCUGCCAAAUAACUUGUGGAACCAAACGUGUUCCUGCACCGAACUUCUGCCAACACAGCAGGGACGGUGUUCACAGGAUGUGUGUGAAUGUAAUUUCAAGGAGAAUGUUGAAGAUUGUCAGUACAUGAGCCCAUGUUCAUAGUGCCUGCCACGCAGUUAUACAGUCAAACUUCUACCUCUGGCAUGGACGUGACAGAGAAAUGUACAAAAGGUUUCUAAAUGACUGGGCUCCUUUUUUGAGAUUUGACUCUUCAGAUGAUUAUUUGUUUUAAUGUUUGUAUCAAUUAUUUGGGUAUUACUGGUAUCUUGCAUACUGAUUGUAUUGCAGUACAUGUACAGAGUAUUUUGUAAUUGAGGAAAUUUCAUAUCUGGCCGACUUGAGACCAGAGGUUAAUGAGCCAUUUUGCGGGCACAAUUGAACUAAGCUGUAUUUUUUAUCAUAACUUAAACAUGUCUGAUGCUGCGUUUAUGAUUUAAAAUGAUUUUGUGGUUUAUUUAAAUUAAAAAACAGCCUUUGUUGGAAAGAAAAAAAGCCUUAAAUCCCCAAAAGCAAUCUCUGUUGUAUUUUUUUGUUCAUGUCUUUUAAAGCAGUUGUUUUCAAAUGGUCAAGACUUUUAUUUAUUUAUUUUUUAUCUUUCUCUUAAGUUAACUGAGGUAGAAUAUGUGGGAAUUUUCUAAAUCUUAAACCACUAACUAUACAAAAGUUAUUCCCCAUAGUCAUUUUAAACGACCAGUAUACGUUAAUGGUGGUACAUUUUCUGUGACUGUCUGAAUUUUGACAGCUUCUAAUUUCUGUGUAUCUGCCAUUUGAAAAAGGAUCAACAAGGUGACAGUAAUUUAACCCAGGUGAUCCAGAGCAGCUGAAAGUAAGAUCAGAGGGACACCACACAUACAGUACAUGUAUCUGUUGUUUGUGUAAGGCUUUCAUUCCUUCAGAUAAGGCAACAGCUGUUAAAAGCCAACAAAGGUCAAGGUCACCUCAGCUGGUCCUGCCACGCCACAAUGCGUCAGAAUUUAAUAUUCCAUCAAAGUCUACCUUCAGCAAAAAAAAAA